ACCCGCCAUAUCGUCAUCAUGAAACCUAUAAGUACAAAGCCAUAAUCCAUACGUACAACAGGUUUCAUCAGGAUGAUGAUGAAGAUGGGGGGGCUGUGACGAAAAAACGGGGGCGAACACGUUCGAGCCUGCAUCGGAAAAACUGGACAAGUCGACGGGCCGCGCUAACGGGCGAAUUUUAAAAAGUGGACAAGCGGCCUCGCCCGCGAAUCAACGUCGACUUCCGGUUAGCCGGUGCUAUACUUUUCCGCACAGGGAGAGACGCCGCCGCCACCGCACACACAGACGCUCUCUAGUCUCUAGGCACGCAGAGUCUUGUGGAUCUUGGAAGCCGCCGCCAGGCCAGUAGUAGCGCACACGCCGCGCACCAAGUAUAGUAUACAUAUAUACAGACAAGUGAGAGCAAGAGAGAAAGAGCGACGACGAUUUCUCAUCCGGCGCGCCGCACAGCUUUAUGAAAUUGACAAAAGCAUAGCGCCAUAUUGCCUGCCCUGCUGUGUUUGGUUGCCGUUGUUGGCGCGUGCUCGUCGACUGAUUUCCUCAACUAGUUCGCAACAAUGGGUGAUAACCAGGAACAGAAGCCCGACUCUGGCCCCGGAGACGUGAAUUCCGAGUACAUCAAGCUCAAAGUCGUCGGAAAUGACAGCAACGAAAUCCACUUCAGGGUAAAAAUGACCACGCAGAUGGGCAAGCUGAAGAAGUCCUACAGCGAUCGUGUGGGUGUACCUAUGACAUCGCUCAGGUUUCUCUUCGAUGGCAAGAGGAUCAACGAUGAUGAAACACCAAAGCAGCUUGAAAUGGAAAAUGACGAUGUUAUUGAAGUAUAUCAAGAACAAACGGGUGGUAAUUCCUGGUGGUCACAGUAAGAAGGCGUUAAAGGGAGAAGCCAUGUAUUCUGGUUUUAUUAUUUUCUAAAAAGUGAAAGUGGCUGAUGUCAAGAUAAUAUGAAAAAGAAAACUUUUCAUUGAAGACAUUGUCUUUAGAAAUCUUAAUGUAAUUUGAUUUUCAUUUAAGUAAUUUGGACGUGGUGUUUUACAUUCCCAUUGUAUACAAAAGAAUCAUAACCACAGAUUUCAUAAACAUAUAUAUUCAUUCAUCAUUAAAAAAAAUAAUAGUGAAAAAUCAAGUUUCAUUUAGACAAUUUUAAACUUCUUUCCACCAAUGUACUUGAAAUUAUUUGCAAGAUCUUCUCUUGACAAUUAUACUUUGGUAAAACUAUAACAACAAGUGUAACAGUAGCUCUGAUGUGAAUUUAAACUGUUAAAAUUGCACUAUGUAGUUCACCAAUGUAUAGAUAUCAAUGGGAGACAAAUACUUAAAUUAAUUAAUACUGCGCAUUUGUAGAUUUAAGUUUAACGAAUUAUUCAAGAGAUUCGCUUUAAGUAAUUAAUCAUUCGUUAUGUUAUAAAAGAAGCAGCGAAUAUUUAAUAAUGUGAACUAGUUUCAAGUAAAAUGUUGCAUUCAGAUUAUAGACGCAAUAAAUAAAACUAAACUUACCUUUUUCAUAUUUCUGACAAUUUUUUUAUUAUAAUUAUAAAUUGGGCUAUAUUUUUUACGGAUAUGUUCAAUUUGGACAUAAAAGUAUGCGGUAAUUGACGUUUUGUGAUAAAUCUCUUCAUAAAGUGUAAAAAUGUUACAUUAGAAUUUUGUACAAUGUAACAAUAAUAUUGCGUUUUUGUCCAGACUGCGCAUACAAUCGCAUUUUUAUAGUCAUCAAAUCAAUGUUUAGUUCCAAAUCGAGUUUAAAAAUCAAUUCUUUACUAAAAAAAAGCUAUAUCGUGUAACUAGAAGCGUUUAUUAAAUUAUGAAAAAUGGACAAUGACUUGUUUGCUUUCAUUGUCGGUUACAGUAUAACAGUGUCAGUACCAAAGUUUUAACAAUCAUCUAAUUACGUUUAUAGCCAAACAUGAAAUUUUUUUAAAGAAAAGGAUUAUGUAUACGUCAGAUAGUUUAAGCUAACAGUGUAUUACUCUUUGAAAAUAGAAAAAAUAAAUGCUGGACAAACAAA